GGGACAUGUCUGGGACCCGGCUUGACAGCUGUUAAAAUUUUCCAAUAGGUUCUACGAUUUUUGUCGAUAUUUCUUACUGAAAAUCUGUUUGAAUGUUUAUUCGAACUAUUAAAACCUUCUAAUAAAGCGUGCCUAUAAAUCUCUGUGUUCAUUUUUACUUUAAGUGAGUUUAUAAAGUACUUACUGGUAACUCAACUUGCAACAACAAUGCCGAAGAAAUUCGCAGGUGAAAACAGCAAAGCUGUUGCUGCUCGACAGCGAAAGGAAAAUGAAAAGCAAGAAAAGGAUCUAAAGGCAAAGAAGAUGAUGGAGGAUGCAGAGUGGGAAGACAAUGACGACAAACUCAAAAAGAAACAGCAAAAGAAGGAAGAGCAAGAAAAGAAACGUUUAGAGCAGCUUCAAAAGAAGGCUGAGGCUAAAGCCUUGCUUGAGAAGGAAAUGGAGUCACUGAAGGCAGCUCCUAAAGUAGCUCCACCUCCUCCCAAGAUCACCAGAGCACAGAUUGAGAAGAUGAAGGAGAAGACUAUCAAGCCUGAACCUGUUAAACCAGCGCCUGCUAAAGUUGUGGUGGAGGAACCUCGGCUGGAGGAGAAUCUCAACAGAAUCCAGUUGGACGGAGAGGUGGCACAGACUGUUGAUGAAGCUAUCUCCAUUCUAGGUGACAAAACAGAUUUGGACAGGCAUCCAGAGAAGCGCCUCAAAGCUGCUUACACAGCAUUUGAAGAGGCUAACCUACCAAUACUGAAGGCUGAAAACCCAUCACUAAGGCUGUCACAACUCAAACAAAUGCUGAGGAAAGAAUGGCUCAAGUCACCACAGAACCCACUCAACAUGAAAGUCUAAAGAGUUUCGACAAUGAGAUCUGAUAGCAUCAACUUUGGAUAAAUGCUUGGAUAUUUUUUUAGAUUUCAUACACUUUGUAAUUAGUUUUGUUAAUAAUCAAAGCUGUUUGUAGUAGUGUUUUUUUCUGUAAAAUUGUUAGGUUGAUAACCUGACUGCAGACAAAGUGUAGCUGUAAAGUUUGGCACAUUUUUUUUUUUAAUGAUUUGCAUUGUACAGUAAGUUGAUCUUCCAAGUAUAAUCAUAUAAUUAUCUUAAUAUGAGUUUCUUUUAUAUUUCAGUCUUGAUGUAAUUUUGUAAAGGAAACAAUGUUUUUUUCAAUUAAUUAAUUUAUUUGUAAAAAUACAGUCUUACUUAGCAGGACAAGUGUUUUGUACUAGAAUAACCAAGUCAUUGUAAAUACAAAAUAUAAAAUUCUAAAUUCA